UUUGCCAAGCUCGCGGAAAAUAUCGGAAAACUUUACGACUUUGAUACGUGAUAGCGCCGGUGAUCGCGAGUGAAGUCUUCCAAAGAUGACACGUUGCUUAAUCUACUAAAGGAAAAUAAUCUGAAAAGCGAUCGGGUCACACAUCACGAUGCUUCAAUGUUCACUUCUCAUACUUACAGUUUUAUGCAUCUCUAUUCAGGAUAUCUCUGGAAGCUGGGAGGAAUGGUGGACUUAUGAUGGUAUUUCAGGUCCUGGUUUUUGGGGCCUAAUAAACCCGCAAUGGAGUAUGUGCAACAAAGGAAGAAGACAAAGUCCAGUAAACGUGGAGCCAGAUAAACUUCUCUUUGACCCGUGGCUUAGAGAAAUCCAAUUCGAUAAGCAUAAGGUGAGCGGCGUACUUCAAAACACGGGCCAGUCCCUAGUCUUCCGCGUUGAGAAAGACUCGAAGCAUCAGGUGAACAUCAGCGGCGGGCCUCUGUCCUACCGUUACCAGUUCGAAGAGAUCUACUUCCAUUACGGUAUGGAAGACAACAGAGGCUCUGAACAUCAAAUCGACCACCACACGUUUCCAGGCGAGAUCCAGCUCUACGGAUUCAACAAGGAACUCUAUCACAACAUGUCCGAAGCUCAACACAAAUCCCAAGGAGUGGUUGGAAUAUCACUUAUGGUCCAGAUCGGGGAACCAACUAACAAGGAACUGCGACUGAUAACCAGCGCCUUCAACAAAGUUACUUACAGAGGCAGCUCCUACCCAAUCAAGCAUCUGCCUCUGAGUUCUUUGUUGCCGAACACCCAGCAGUACCUUACUUAUGAAGGCUCGACCACGCACCCGGGUUGCUGGGAGACAGCCGUUUGGAUAAUAUUCAACAAACCCAUUUAUAUCUCUAAGCAAGAGAUGUAUGCACUCCGAAGACUGAUGCAAGGGUCGCAGUUGACUCCAAAAGCCCCACUGGGUAACAACGCUCGUCCUGUCCAGCCACUCCAUCAUCGCACCGUAAGAACGAACAUCAACUUCAAUAAACAAGGAGUUCAGGUCUCGAGCAACUGUCCCGAUAUGUACAGGAAUAUGCAUUACACAGCACGAUACCGCCGAAAGUUGCGAUCGAAAAAAAGCGUUGCAUGCAAACGAAACCGUAGCGAAAAGAAAUGCAUAAAAAAAUAGGUAUACGCCAUACCUAUUUACUACCUACCUACUAUACACAUUUACCUAGUUACAGAGCACGUUGUGAAGCAACUCAGUGGCCGAGGGAUCACAACAUUCGCUACAGAAACAUAGACGAUCUCGCUCUACCGAUAAACUAAAAAAUAAAUGGCUAAAAUUUUUUUUGCCCCAAAUCCAAUAAAGAAGAAUUCUAGAUAAUAAAAUAGUUUGCUUUAAAUCUGGCUGGCGAUCAGUAACACAGGUCUUUGAACCUAGUACAAACUUCAGCUCUUUUAAAGGCUAACAAAAUAAUUUAUAAGGUUAAUCUCUACUGGUAUUUGUACCUUUAAGAUACCUUUAAGAGAUAAAUAAAUCAAUUGUUAUUAUUUAAAAAAAAUGUACAACAAUAUGUACAUAUUAUGUAGAUAAAUAACUCUGACGAUUUUCGUACCCAAGAUGAGACGCAGGGAUCGCCGCUGAUGACUUUAUGUAUAGUCUAUAGUAUAAUAAUACUUAUAGCUGAGUUGGUAUUGGGCUUUCAUACAACGUAGAUUAAUGUAAAUUAGAAUACAAGCAGAACAUUACGUAACUUAUUGUUCUACAAUUGCGAUUACGUAGACAGAAAUGUAUAUAGAUUAUUAUAGAUAUUCCUGAAUAAUAUAAAUUGUUUAUGAUACAUAUAAAUAUAUUAGAUUAUGAACUAGGAACUGUUGUCAAUUUAAUAGGAAGGCGAGUUAUGGCAAGAAACCCAUAAGAUUUAUUAUGAAUUCUAAGGCUUGUUUAAGGUGAAUUUUUCAUGGGAUCGUAAAGGUCAAUUUCGGAAUUGCGUAAUUAGACCGGGACCAAUUUGAAGAAAACCAAAUUUGAGUCUGACAUAUGAAUUUUCCUUAUUCAUAAUCCUUCUGACUGAUUUACAAAAAAAGACAACAUACGUCGUGUUUCCUGUCUUUUCAGAUCAACUA